GGAGGUGAGACCGCCCUAUUUACUCGGUGCCUGACCGUGCAUUAUUCAUUCGCAGCCCGUUUUCGAACUCUCUUAUGGAUCAUCUACGGCUCGUAGCUUUUGCGUUGCGUGACGGCGGCGGCAAACAGAGGACCGCCUGCUCAUCUGCUCAUGGCUGGAUGGCCUAUUGCGGGCCAUCCUAGCCGUGCGGCGCGCAGCUGUCGGGCCUCCGUGACGGCGCCGCUCGCCAUGGACGCACUGCUCACUUCGUCUCGGCCGAAGGGCCUCCGUUCGCAUGAACGGUACGACCUCGGACAGAGCGCGCCAGCGGAGGCCGGCCGCCCUGCGCGGCGCGCCACCUUGACGCCAGUCGGCGUGGCCUCGGCCCCAGUCUGACGCGCCUGGACGCUGCCAGGCUGUCUAGACCGUCCUUGGGUGAGCCACGAGGGCGGCCGCCUCCGGUCGCCAUGGCGAGAGGCCUCCACACACCCCAGUCGCGCGACGUCGACGCGCGCCGCCGCCGGCACCCCACUCACCCCCUACGAACGAAACGCAGGUCGUCACGAUGGCGCGGACCGUCGCGGCGUUGGCCCUCGUGGCCGGGGCCUCCGCCCUGGUGGCGCCGGUCUCGAAGGUCUCGAAGGUCGUCGAGAAGUACACGGACUCCACAUUAAAAUCGUCGCCGGGCGGCUUCAUGGAGCAGGGCACGGAAAUGUUCCAGGAGCAGUUCCCCGAAUUUAACAGCUAUGGCUGGGGCGUGUCCGUCAAGGCGGAACGGUGGAACGGGCGCCACGCCAUGUUCGGCUGGGCCUUCAUCAUCGCGACGGGCUACUGCAAGGCCCACGGCCUCAUCCCCGACCCCGAGAAGCUCUUAGAUUUCAAGCAGUGGGGCACGCUCGCCAUCAUCUCCGGCGGCAAGGGCGGCGGCAUCACGAUCACGAACGAGCGCGCGUGCAUCCUCGUCGCGAACAUCCACUUUUUGGUGGUGUCGCUGUGUGCCGCGUUCUGCCCGCUCCCGUUCCAGGACACGCUCCUCCUCGAACCGGGGGAGCCCGACGAGGAGCCCGCCGGUCUGGUGCCGGCCUUCGACACCGGAUUAACCCCCGCGGCGGAGCUCUGGAACGGCCGUUUGGCGAUGCUCGGCCUCAUUAUCUUCUCGGCGUACAGCAUGAUCUACCAGAUCCCGUUCCUGAACGCCGUGGACAACGCGCUCGGCGGGUUGCUGCUGGCGCCGGCGGGCGGCGCUGCGGCGGCGGUCGCGGACGUGGCCGAGGCCGUGGCCGAGGCGGCGCCGGUCGCCUAGAGAGUUCCUGGUGGUGGGGCUCGUGUAACAGACAUUCGUUCUA